UGUCACAAGUUCACUUCCCUAGCACACUUGAAACUACACAAUGGAAGGGCAUGGAAAAAUAAUGAGACUAAUACUAUGCUCCCACUUUGUGCUUCAUUUCCUCUCCCUAGUGGCGGAGAGCACGGCCAAGGUUCCGGCGGUGAUCGUCUUUGGCGACUCCUCCGUGGACGCCGGCAACAACAACUUCAUUCCCACCAUAGCUCGGAGCAAUUUUAGGCCAUAUGGACGUGACUUUGAAGGUGGAAAAGCAACUGGGAGGUUUUGCAAUGGGAGAAUACCAACGGAUUUUAUUUCUGAGGCUUUUGGUCUCAAACCUUAUGUGCCACCGUACUUGGAUCCCAAGUAUAAUAUUUCAGAUUUUGCUAGUGGAGUCACUUUUGCUUCGGCUGCAACUGGCUAUGAUAAUGCAACUUCAGCUGUGCUGUCUGUGAUACCACUAUGGAAACAAUUAGAGUACUACAAGGGAUACCAGAAGAAUCUGAGUGCCUAUCUUGGUGAAAGCAAAGCAAAGGAGAUCAUAGCAGAUGCACUAUAUCUAAUGAGCCUAGGAACAAAUGAUUUCCUAGAGAACUACUACACCAUGCCUGGUAGAGCAUCUCAGUUCACACCCCAACAGUACCAAAUUUUCCUUGCUGGGAUUGCUGAGAAUUUCAUAAGGAGCCUCUAUGCUCUUGGUGCUAGAAAGAUAUCCCUAGGCGGGUUACCUCCUAUGGGAUGCUUGCCCUUAGAAAGAACCACAAAUAUUGCUGGUGGGAAUGACUGUGUUGCCAGAUUCAAUAACAUAGCAUUGGAGUUCAAUGAUAGGCUUAAGAAUUUGACCAUCAAGCUCAACCAUGAGCUCCCUGGAAUCAAAUUGGUGUUUUCAAAUCCGUAUUACAUUAUGUUGAAUAUCAUAAGGAGACCUGAACUUUAUGGAUUUGAAUCGACCUCAGUGGCGUGUUGCGCUACUGGAAUGUACGAGAUGGGUUAUGCAUGCAGCAGGGGGCAAAUGUUCAGUUGCACAGAUGCUACCAAAUAUGUGUUUUGGGACUCUUUCCAUCCAACUGAGAAGACAAAUAGUAUCGUUGCUAAGUACGUGGUGCUGCGUGUUUUAUAUCCAUUUUUACAAUAAAUAACUAGUUCUAGAAUUUUAUUUAUGUACUGGAAUCUCUUCAUGUUUGAACAUUCGCCAUAAAGUGCCAUUUGGCCUUUUUAUGAAUGACGGCAUGUCGAUGUGUAUAUAUAUAAAAAUGUUAAUACAGCACAUAUGGUGUGCUGAUAAUUAGAAAUAAGUCGUUUUGUUUUGAUUGAUAUAGUAUUUAUACUUUUCAGACACUUUACCUUGCUAGAUUCAGUGUCCUCCGUGUAUGUUUUCUUCACACAUAUAUAUAAAUGUCCUAUUAUGUUGGGUCUAUA